AUGUACGUUUAAGGGCUUCGAUCAAAUAAUGAAUUAUGAGCCCAAAGCAAUUGACGGCAAGCGACGUUCCAGUGUACAUACCCGUUCAGUUAUCUCGGAACAAUUAAAUGUAGAUGAAGAACCCACAACAUCCUUCCAACUGAGAAAACGCCGCAAGACCAUUGAAAAUGAGAAUACCAAGUCCUUAUUGGACGGCCAUCAAAAAAUUACAGACUUGGAAAUCUCGGAAAAAUUAUCCAAUGGCAUGGAAAUAGCUAAUAAGUCACCACCCCCACAAACCUCAGAAGGUCUAAAAGAAAAGGUAAUAGAUUGCCACAACACCGAAGAGGAAGACCAAAGAACUACUCCCGCCAAGAAAUCAUCGAAAGCUAAAAAAUCCAAGAAAGCAAAAUCCUUCCGGCCAUCAUCCUCACCUGGUGGCAACAGAAAAGUUGAUAUUACCCGCAAAAUGAAUCAGGUCUACAGGGAAUUAGAAUGUACGUUUAAGGGCUUCGAUCAAAUAAUGAAUUAUGAGCCCAAAGCAAUUGACGGCAAGCGACGUUCCAGGGUACAUUCCCGUUCAGUUAUCUCGGAACAAUUAAAUGUAGAUGAAGAACCCACAACAUCCUUCCAACUGAGAAAAUGCUGCAAGACCAUUGAUACCCAAAAACGGCACUCAAGCAAUGCCAUUGCCCAUCAGUUAAGUUCUCAGGAAGACAAUGGUGAUGCUAGAGCAGAUAUGCUGCAAGAGAGUAGGAAAACCACUGAGGGGAAUUUUCACAAUACCUUGGAUGUAGAUGGAGAUGAUUGCAAUCAUAGAAUAAGAUACUCCAGUUCGAAUGAUGGUGAAACACAAACAAUAAUACCCCUUAAGGUUCCCAAGAUUAUCUUGAAACGUUUAACCCAAAAAGUAACCGAAAAAUACGCCAUAGUCCAGAAGCCUAUCGAAAAUAAUGGAGAUUCCGUAUUGGACACAAGUAAUCUAAAGGUUCAAUCAAUUCCAACAUCCACAAAGCAUGUGACACUAUCAACGUCGGCCAAUCGAAAACCUCUGCCACAAAUUCUAAACAAUGACAGUCAGAUGUUUGAAAAAAAUACCAGAAUUUGUGUCCUGUGCAAUGGCAAGUCGCCGGAUUUGACAAAUCAUUUUGUAGGAAAACAUAAAACAGAAUCCUAUGUUGCCCGCCUAUCAUGGUCCCAGCUAGAGGAAUUGCUGUUAAAUACACAAUUCGCCACAGCAGUCGGCGGUGGCAAACUAUCGAGCGCACUGCCCCAGUACUCGAUUAAAUGUCAAUUUUGCGAAACCCAAAUCAAGGGGAAAUUCCAUCAGUUUUACGACCACUAUUCGAGACACACUGGCGAAUUUGCAUACCAAUGUGGCCAAUGUAAGUACAGCCGUUCCCAUAGGGAAUUUAUCACUACACAUCAGCUGAAUAAGAAGAGGUGUAGCAAUGCAAAAACCCAAAUCCUGUAUCGUUACAAAGCGGAUGCCCGAGUUAUUUACCUGUACUACUGUAACAUUUGUAAUUUUGUGCAAUUGAAUGAGGCGAAUAUCUUCAAGCAUCUAAGGGAGCAUCACGAUCCGCGACAGGCAACACAGGAUAAUGUCAAGAAAUGUAUAUUGGCAGCCAUAAGUGAUGGUCCAGAGAGCAGUAAUGCCAUCGAACGUCAGGAUUCUCCAGUGCCUGCCGCAGCAGCAGCAGCAGAAACAACACCCAGUGAGGGUGAAGUUCCUAAAAUUGAAACAAACCUGAAAUUAAUGGAUGAUAACAUACUUGUGUGUAAUGAGCCCUGUAUGGAUGGGGAAGAGGCGGCGACUGCGGCAGAGGAGAAUUAUGACUUGGCCACAUGUGCCCUAGAUGAACAAUUGAAACAAAUGCAUGAAGAUCUACAGGCGCCUCCGACUCCGCCCAUGACCACUAUACAUUUAAAUUCUAAUCCCGUACCAGCUAUCAGUAAUCGUUUGAAACCUUUUGCAAUUAAACCAGAGCCAGAGCCCAUGAACGACGAUGAAGAUAAUCAAUCGAUAACACCACCACCAUCACAUCCACCACAACAAUAUAUAGAUCAGAGUGGCAUUAGUCCUCCAUACAGACUUUCGUAUCGUUGCUAUCCAAUACAUGUCAAAUAUCUGGGCCUAUUCAAGUGUCUAACCGACGAUUGUUAUUUUUCCACGGAUUGCCCGAAGGAAUUUCAACACCACUUGCAAUCUCAUACAGAUGAAAGCCUAUGUCUGCAGUGUGCCUAUUGUUCGUUCCAAGGGCAGAUAUCUUCAAUUGAAACAUUAAUUGGACAUAUUCAAAACGAUCACAGUCGUAUGCUGUUCCAAUGUUCGGAAUGCUGUUAUCGUAGCAUCGAUGGCUGUAAUGUAUUGGUACAUCAAAGGGAAAAACAUUGCAGUGGACUCGAUGGAAAUGAGUCGCUUAAAGUAUUCAAGUGUCACGGUGAGGAAACGGCAUUUUGUGAAGAGAGUAGCCGAGAAAAAUUGAAAAUGAAUGCUCCAAAAAUUCAAUGUGAAUACUGUCGCCAACACUCGUUCUACAAUUCCAAUUUUUUGAAGCAACACAUGCUAAACGAACACAAAAUACAAAAGCACCCGAAAUACUAUUCGUGUUUAUACUGUACGUUUAAAGCCAACGAUGAUGACGUGCUGCGGAAGCACUUGGCUCUAUGUCAUCCAAAUGAAUUUGCCUUUAUUCGUGAUCACAAUAGCGCUGAAACAUCACAAGAGGAUUCAGUGGAGCAGCUGCACUUGCUACAACUAAGCGAACCGAUUACAAGUCUAAUUGAUUACAGCAAAACCGAUGCCAUUGAAGAUGUUAAACCAAACGCCGACGAACUAUUGAAAUGCCAAGAAGAAACCCUAAAGAUACGUCUAAGAAAAUUAACAGAAAAAACUGGCAUAGCACCUGAUUGUUUGUAUCGUUGUCCCGAACAAUCAUGUGGUGGUUUCUUUUCCAUCUAUGAUCUAUGGUUAAGCCAUAUGAGAGCGAAACACUGCUGUUUCGAGUGUGCAUGUCCACAUUGUCCCGGCGAAAAACUGUUACCGUUAGAGGAACUUAAAACACAUUUCGAAAAUCAUCGCCGUCAUCUCUAUCUUUGUUAUCAUUGUCCCCUUACCUUUGCAAGCAAUGAGGAGGCGAUGGCCCAUGUUUCUAGCACAGGGCAUGUACAUUCGUACGGUGCAAUGCGUUCUGAGAGAAUACGUUUUAAUUUAAGUUAUUCCUAUUUUAUUUUCCUCCCAUUGGAUAAGUUAAAAGAGCGCGCAGAAUUUAUACCAAAUAUCUUAAAUUUGUUAGAUGAACGUCUACGCGAACUGGAAUCUAGGGAGUCGAAGAGUUUUAAAAAUAGCUGGCUGAUACCCACGGAGGAUAGUCCGAACUGGUUGGAAGAUUUUCCCACAGAUAUUUGUCGCAAAUUAAAAAAGAAAUGUUUCAAUGGAAAGUGUGACUUUCAAGCCAUCGAAGCGGCGGAACUGUUUCAACAUGUUCGUGAAAAACACAAAAUCUCUGGUUCAACAUUUAGUUGCCGCGAAUGUGACUUUAACAUUGUCAAUUGUCAACACUGGGAUGAUAUCCUGGCCCACAUGUACCAACAUUUCGAUAGCACAUUCUUUAUAUGCGGUGCCUGUUCCGCCUACUUUUACAAUCACUCAAACAUGGCAAACCACAUACGAGAAAAACAUGAUUGUCGCGAUGUACCGCUUAUAAAUUUAAGACAAGUCGAAAAACAAAUCUGUAUCCGGCUGGCCAUUGUGUUUGCCAGCAAAUGUCUAUCGUUUAGUACGAUGCGCAAUUGUUUCUGUUGCGAAGAGAAGGGCAUGAAGGGCGAUGCGUAUAUUUUGCAUUUGAAACGUUAUCACAAAUUCUCGCUGCAAUAUUUUUGUGAGUGGUGUAAUUUACCCAUUGAAUCACUGCAAUUGGUGAAGGAGCAUUUCAGUAAAGUCCAUAGAGUCAAUACAUUGAAAAUCCGUUGUGAACUGGCUUCGAAGUAUAAUAUAAAAGUUAAGUCCGUAAGUAACUUUGAGCUGGACAUUGAUGCCAGAGAAGAAGUGGUGCAGCAGCAACCAAUGGGGCAAAUAAAACAAGAAUCUGAGCAAAUAAUAGAAAAUGAUGAUAGCGUUGUAAUUUUAGAUGAUGAUGACAUUAUUGUUGAGAAUCAUGUAAAAGAUCAGGAAAAAAUGGAACAGGAAAAUAAACUUAUAUUAAAAUGCAUUGCCAUGGACAGUUUGAAAGAGAAGACAAUGCCGCAGGCUUUUUCCCCCGUACAAAUGUCAACCCAAAAUUCCAAUAUACCCCUAACUACGGAAUGUGUCAAUUGUGUCUCACAUUUAAACAAUCUUCAAAUGUCUCCAGCAAUCAACCAGCCAUACAACAUUCCCAGCUUUUCCCAUCCGCAAUCUGUAAUAUCCCAAAACUGCAAUGUCCCAAUAUGUAUGGCAUAUAGUCAGGCCAAUGCACCACUACAUGCCGGACAAAUUGGCUCUAGGAAUAUAUUACAUAGUGUCCCGCCCAAUUCCCAUGUAAAUAUUUCCAACAUACAAUCGAUGUCCAAUAGUGUACCACAAAAAUCACACAACAUUCGGCAACAACAUAUUCCCCGAAUGCCCGCAAAUCAGCCACCAACAACGGCAGCCGCCACACAUCCAAUACCAUAUUAUUCAAAUAACAAUUUUCCACAUCAACCCACUCAACAACAAGUUGAAUAUUCUACAAAUCAUUUUAUCUAUGCCGCAAACGCCACAGCGGACAAUUCUUCAAAUCAAUUUUCUGAUAAUCAUAUAACCUAUCAAACCACUACCCAUUACAAUCCAACAUCUCUCAAUUCAAAUCCACAAUAUUCUUGUCCCACCUACACCACCUCUCCUAACGUUACACAAAUGUCUACUACAACAGUCAACAAUGCUGGACCGUAUCAUAAUUAUCCACCAAACCAUUUCCAAACAAAUGACUACGUUCCAAAUACGCUUGUGGUCAAUCGACAACAACAAUUUUAUCCUGGCCAUCACACUUCAUUCCCGUAGACCACAAAUUCGGGAGGAAAGCUCCCAAAAAUAGAAUACUACAGUUUUUUAUCGAUUCCGGCUCGAACAAAAAUUUCUGUAGCCAACACACACGUCUGUCGGAAGUAUACCCUUAGAUAAACCUCUUAUAGUUAAUACGGCAGGUGGAGAAAUUAAGAUAACCAGAAAAAUAACAGGACAUUUGCUUUUAGGUUUGGAAUAUUAGAUAAUAAUACGUUUUAU